UCAAGCUCGCCGGAUUUUGUACCGCAGGUCUCAGUUCUCAAUUCAACUCUCACUUCUUCCUCUCUUUCUCUCAAAGCGACCUCAACUCUCAUUCAUACACACACUGCAACCAUUCGCCCAUUCAACGUCUUGCUAUUCACUUAGCAGGAUAGACAACAUUCCCCUUUUGCACCAGCGCGACAUCUCUCUCCUCGAUUUCGGACCCCUGAUCCUCACCAUCCAACAACUAAACAACACUCUCCUCGUCCUUGGUUUUCAACACAACACCUUCGAUCUCUCAACAUAAAAUCCUUCACAAUGGGUCUCCCACAAGACUACCUCUCGGCCCCUGCGCCUGCUGACGAUUCCACCUCUCCUCAUUCCAAGCGCCGCCGCUUCACACCUCACUCUCUCCCACCCAUUAUUCCCGUCACAGAUAAUUCCUCGAUUGAAUCUCACACUUUCAACUCGCCAUUGCUGUUGCAGCUCUGCGAACAAGCUCCAAGCCAGGCAGAGAUCGAGGCAGGCCUCCUUCAGGUUGGGAUGCGCGUCAGAAAAUCAGUUGCGGAAGGAUACAAGGUCCAACCCAAGAAGUUCACUCCCCGUCCUUUCUUCAACUACAACAGACUCUCUCCUGAGACUCAAGCUGCUUUGUCAAAUGGCAAUGGUGCUGACGAGAUGUCUCCAUUUUCUCCUUCGCAAGUCCAACCCAUGAGCACAGCCACCUUUUGCGGUAUCAGCUUGUCCUUUCUCUCCGAGAUGGAGGAACCGGUCUCUCAACAGAGCCUGUGGUCCUACUCGACCAGUCACAAGCGCGGAUACGAGGUCGAAUCUGACAGCGAGGAAAGUCAAGAUUGGCAACCACAGACGCCCAACUUGACUGCGGAUGCUGGAAUGAGCAUGCCCAUUGAGUACUUCGCCAUGGACAUGGAAAAUAUGAGCGACGUCAGUCCAAUGACCCAGCUCGGUGAUCGCAGACAACAGGGCAAUGGUCGCCGGAUGGCUAUGCCCAAGUCUCGCCGGCAAGCGGAGCCACAUAUGCUUCCUACCUCUGCAUUUAACCCUUUCGCCGAUAUGGCGGCUCAACAACCUGAACAACAACAAUUUGGAGGUCAUUCUGGACACAAGAGAAUGGUGAGCUGUGGCAUGGAGGCCAUGGAUUUUGGUGAUGCGCCAUUUCUCCAGCGCCGGGAAGAUGUGGAAAUGGAUUUCUCUUGAACGAAAAGCUUGCACCCUGUUUUAAUGAUUUUGUUACCAUGCAUUGCAUCGCAUUCCUUUGUCUUAUAUUUGAUUCGAUUCUCGAAGGAGCGCUGGGGGUCGCCGACGACGAGAGGCAUU